CACAGCUGCACACAGCAAACGAUGAAGGUGUGGUGCGGCCUGCUGGUGGUGGCCGUGGUGCUGGAGUCGGCCCUGGCGCUGGACCUGGGCCUGAGCAGCCUGUUCGGCGGCAGCAGUGAUGCCGGGAAGGAGGCCGUAGCUGAGGCGGCGGAGAGCGCGGACGUCAGCCCCAGCGCCGUCGCGGCCGGCGACUCCGCGGAGGGCAAGCAGACUGUGGCGGCGCCGCUGCAGCUGCCGGGCCUGCCGCCGCUGCCGGCGCUGCCCACUCUGCCACCGCUGCCCGUCACGCUGCCCUCGCUGCCCGGCAUGCCGCCCAUACACCGCACCGAGACCGUCUACGCCACGCGCACCGUCUUCGUCGAGGUAACGAAGAAGGUGACGGAACAUCCGGUGUGUGUGACUAUGUACGGCGUCAAGCCGCCAUGCUUCGGACCGCACGAGCACGGCAAGUACCGCGAGAAUGAAGACGACGAAGACGACUACCCAGAGGAGGGUCUCUACAUCAGCCCGUCUUCCGCCAAGAGGAUCACCGCCACAGCCGCUCCCGACUCUGGUCUGCAUUUCGAGUACCGCGAGGGUCGCAGUUCCGAACAGGAUAGCACCGCGCUGGAGGGGAGCACGUCGCUGGAGGCGUCCGCGGGAGACGCCGAGAGCGAGCGCGAGGCGCGCUACCUGGAGUUCCGCCGCGCCACGCCGGCGCCCGAAGAGGUGGCCACGGCUCUGGAGGAGACAGCCCUCGCCCUGCCCUCCGAGAAGCAGCAGCGCGUGUUCAACAACCUGCUGCCCGCCGUCAUCGUCACGAGGAUACUCACUAAGACGCUCUGGGUGACCAAAGUGGAAAAGAUCAUCGACAAACACGUCACAGCCACUAUGGAAAUCAAAAACUGCGUACCUCCUGAUAGCAAGAUUCCGUUCUGCAAGAAGAGUGACAAGCCCAAACCGCCGCCACCUGUUCACAAGCCCGAUCACUAUGACUAUGACCACUACGACCACAAUCCCAGUCACGAUGAUCACAAACCUGACUACUAUGACGAGAAACCUGACCACUACGAUCACAAACCAGGUCCAUAUAACCAUAAACCAGCACCCUAUGAUCACAAACCACCCUCUCAUCCUCCUCCAAAACCGGAUUACUAUGAGCACAAACCGCAUCACCCUCCUCCUCCUCCACCAAAACCAGAUUACUAUGACCACAAACCACACCAUCCGGCUCCUCCUCCUCCUCCUCCAAAGCCAGAUUACUACGAUCACAAACCAGACUAUCCUCCUCCUCCCCCUCCAAAGCCAGAUUACUAUGACCACAAACCACACCAUCAUCCUCCACCUCCUCCUCCCCCAAAGCCAGAUUACUAUGACCACAAACCGCAUCCUCCUCCUCCUCCUCCAGCAAAGCCAGAUUACUAUGACCACAAACCAGACCAUCCUCCCCCUCCUCCUCCUCCUCCUCCAGCAAAGCCAGAUUACUAUGACCAUAAACCAGACCAUCCUCCCCCUCCUCCUCCUCCUCCAAAGCCAGAUUACUAUGACCACAAACCAGACCAUCCUCCCCCUCCUCCUCCUCCUCCAAAGCCAGAUUACUAUGACCACAAACCGCAUCCUCCUCCUCCUCCUCCUCCAGCAAAGCCAGAUUACUAUGACCACAAACCAGACCAUCCUCCCCCUCCUCCUCCUCCAGCAAAGCCAGAUUACUAUGACCACAAACCAGACCAUCCUCCCCCUCCUCCACCUCCUGCAAAGCCAGAUUACUAUGACCACAAACCAGACCAUCCUCCCCCUCCUUCUCCUCCAGCAAAGCCAGAAUACUAUGACCACAAACCACAUCAUCCUCCUCCUCCUCCACCAAAGCCGGAUUACUAUGACCACAAACCACAUCCUCCUCCUCCUCCUCCUCCAAAACCAGAGCAUUCUCCUCCUGCCCAGUAUGACCACAAACCAAAGCCCCACCCCCCUCCACCUAAGCCAGAUUACGCUCCUCACCCACCUAAGCCAGACUACCUUCCAGCCCAUUAUGACCAUAAACCAGACCACCCUCCCCCUGCACCUAAGCCAGACUAUCCUCCACACCCCCCCAAGCCAGACUACCCUCCAAAACCAGCCCACUAUGGUGUUCACGUUAAGCCUGUUUACGAUGACCAUGACUAUGAUUAUGACCACAAACCAGCACAUCCUGACAGCAAGCCCGCUCAUCCUCAAUAUGAUCUUGAACAUGACUACAAGCCUGGCCACUACAAACAUUCUUAUCCUUUCAUUAAUGAAGACCACGAAACUGAAAAGCCAGAGCCGGUCUCGACACCACCCAAUGAGCAUGACGACGAAGAAUCAUCACAUAAGCCACCACUGACAGAGGCCAUUCCUCCUCCUCCUACGCCACCAUCUCCUUCAACUCCUCCAGUGAAAGCACCCUCUUCAGCCAAAGUGCAAUGAGCAUGACGACGAACAAUCACCACAUAAGCCACCACUGACAGAGGCCAUUCCUCCUCCUCCUACGCCACCAUCCCCUAUAACUCCUCCAGUGAAAGCACCCCCUUCAGCCAAAGUACCGCCUCCAUCAAUAUCACCACCACUACAUUCUCCCCCUGACUACACCACAAAGCCUCCUCCGCAUUCUCAUUUGGUAGAUAAUCUCUUCAGUGAGCUAUAUCAAGAUGCAGAGAAGAGACUUAACGUGACAGAAUCAUCCAGGUUUACAUAGUCCAUAUGGUCUAAUGCUACUAUGUAGAAAACGCAUAGAACUCGAAUAUUCUGCUUUCAUUCACCACGGACAUAUUUAUAUUAAAUAAUUUAUUUUUAAUUUAUAUUGUACGGACUUGUGUCGCUGAGACAAGAGAAUAAAUUAAAUGUGAGUAAUAAGCAUCUGA